AGUGAAAAUCUCAGAUGCGGGUCUGUUCCUUGCUCUUUGGAAAAACGAAGCUACUAUUUCUUUUUAUGGUGCUUUUAACUUGCAGCAUUUAAUGGAUUUCGUGUAAACUGAACAUUAGCGCAAGGUUUGGGACGAAACCGCUCUCAAAAUGAUGCUGUCAAGGCAAAAGCCGGCCACCGGGCCUGGCUCCUCGACUCCAGCCCAGGAGAGCAAGAAGAAGAAACAACUUCCCAAGCUGGAAGAAUACCUGGAUUCCAGGGACUACACCGGCGCUUUUACAUCACUAGAGAUGGGCCAGUUCUACUAUGCGGCCAAGGCUUUCGAUGUCCUGGAAAGAUUGGACCCCAAUCCUGAUUACUGGGAGGGCAAGCGAUGGGCGUGUGUGGGCGUAUUCCAGCAGAUCAUAGCUGGUCAUGAACCAAGGGAAACACUGCGAGACAUCCUUCAAAUCUUGCGCAACACCGGUAACCCGCAGGUGGAAUACAUCAUCCGUGUCAUGAAGAAGUGGGCCAAGGACAACAGGGUACCAGUUUCCUGAGCUGAGGAAGUCCCUCUCCUAGUCUUGACUAGAUUGUUUAAAUGUGUACAUUCCAAACCCCUGCUUCACAAAGGGAUUUUUCCAAAAAUAAAACAAAAGAACAAUACUGUUUGUAUCAAAGUGAUUUGAUCUUCACAUAGGAAUGUUGCCUUGAAAUAUGUAUAUUUCUUUUAUAUUAGCACUAUUUCAAACAGUCUGAUCUUUAACUAAAAAUACUAAGCAUGGAAUUUUUCAUUAUAAUUAUGAAGGUUAAAGGCUUGUAGGGUCAUUUGCAUUCAUCCCAAAAGUAGCCAACCAAAUUAUUUUCAAAAAGCUUACUUGGAUUAAAGAUCAUACUGGUACUAAACAACCCCAGUAAAAUCAUUUUGUCUGGCUUGCUGUCACUAAGAAGAAAUCGAGAAAUGUGUAAUGUCCACAGAUGAGUUGAAACUUCGACAGUCUAGUUUUUGAAAAUUCAUCUUUGGAUUUUGAGUAGUGUUAUUAUUGUAAACAAAAUGCAUGAAAAGCAAAUGAUGUUACCGUGAAAUCUCGAUAACUCAAACUCUAAUAACUCAAAACAACUGUUAAGUCAAACAAGGAAUCCAUUCCCUUCAGUAGUAUAACAAUGAUAUACAACCCUGCUUAUCUCAAAAUUCUGCUUAAGUCACAUUUCGAAACUGUUCCCUUGAAGUUUGAAUUAUCGAGAUUUCACUGUAUAUGCCUUUGAGACAAUCGGAAGUUUGUUUUCUUGGAGUUUGUGGGGCUAGCAACCCAAGGUCAUGAAAAUGGGCCAGGAAUGGUUAUGCCAAGAGAGGGUAGUCAUUGUGGAUUUUAGGUAAUGCACCUGUAAUUUGACUAAUUAAUGCUUUGUAUGAAUAUAAAUUCGCAAUUUUUCAGAACACGUUUGUGAAGUCAUUUCAGUCCCUCGUCAGUUUAGAAGCUCCACAAGUGUCAAUUCAAUGUUGGGUUUUGCCCUUCACUAACUGACAUAUUUUAUAAACACUCUAAACUCAGUGUUGCCCCCUAGUGAUUGUGAGAAAAAUAUGUUGGUGAAGGGCAAAACCUAAAAUUGAAAUUACAUCAACCCGACGCAAAUUCCAUCUUAUGAAUAAUACUCACGUGUACUUGUGACAAAUACUUAAUACUUAAUAUGUUCUUGUUCAUUCCCUCAAACUUGUAACCGACAUUGCGAUUUUCUUGUCACUACAUCCAACUUCCAAGUCAGAAAUUUCAAUCCAGUGGAAUCUUUCUCAUAAUCUGUCACAUUGUCAAUAAUAUUUUGUUUAAUGUACAAUAUUGUGUGAUAUUCUAUACAUAUUCCGACUUCAUUUCUUUACUUCAUUUGUCAAAAUGUUAAAUGUUUAUAUUUACUGCCUUUCUUUUAGUCCGAUAAAUCUUAUCUUGCAGUGUAAAUAUUGUGUAGGUGUAUUGUAAAUGUAAACAUGUACUUAAAAGAUUGUUGGAAUGCUGUGCAUAGUUCUUUGAAUAAGGAAUAUUAAAUCAUCACAAUAAAUAAAAAUGGAAAAAUAA